UCAAAGGGGUUAGAGACCUAGAACGACUAGGAACUACAAUUCCCAACAACGGGGCAAACAUACCGUGCAUGACGGGUAACAGCGGUAGCUUUAAAAAGCUGCGGGAAUCAGCUAGAGGGGAGAGCGAGAACAGGUGCAUACACGAGCCGUGGGACGGGAGAGUACCUAACCCAGACGAAAGUGGGCAGCGGCAUUGGGAGCGAAAUUGGGAAAUUAACCAGUGGUAACUCAGAGGAAUACAAUUGUAGCACUCGUUUCUAAAACGGUACAGCGUAGUGGGACAUUCCAUUGAAGCAACCUUGCGGACUACCAUUGUCACCAGUCGGAGACAACCAUUGUUUCUACAGCGGGACUGUGCACGGUGGUUUUACCUUGGAAACAACACGGCGGACUACAGGCUUCCCUGCAUCGGAGCAACGCAGAGAACACUGACCGCUGUAGACAGUGUUAUUACUUACCUUUACGAAAGGUUGGCCGGGUGUUGGGGCCGCACUAUACUGCAAACAGGCUUCCGGGGCCGUCGGGAUUACAAACCUGUGAGUAGGACGGGGACUACCACAACUCCACAGCGCCAUCUGGUGGAUGUCCGCGACAACCUGGAAAAGAGAAAGAAGCCACAAUACCAAGCCACCAACAAAGAAACUUGGAUACAGCAAGCCAUUUCUUACCUGAGGGUUUCGUUCCACAAAAAGUCCUGGACUGUGUUUAUUUGAGUUGUGUUAUUAUUUGUCUUGAUAAUUGGAACUUCUGUGUGUUCAUUUGUAGAAUAUAAGAGGAAAAGGAAAAUCAUUAAAACCGAAAUCUCCUUGGACCUGGGUCUCUGUCACGUUCUUCUGCACCAAAACAGGCACUACGUACACAUCUCAUACUUACGUGGACUUCACCAGUUCACAUUUGGUGUCAGAAGUGGGAUGUGUUAAGCCUGUAGUAUCCAUUACAGCACCCACCUGUCUGUUACCUGAUUGCAGAAAAUGGCUGAUUUAGAAGCCCUGGUCCGUGUGAUCAUGAAUGCCACGGCCGCACAACAGAACCUCGCAGCCAUCCAACAGGAAACCAACCGGUUGCAGAACGAGCAGAUACAGGUAGCAAAGAAGGAAAGGGUAGCCAUUUUCCAACGGAUGGAAGAACUGGUGAGCAUUCCGGCUCCCUCGGCGGCCACCGCUUCUAUACGGUCAACGCACGUAUUGAAUAAAAUGACCAACGGCGAUGACAUUGAAGCAUAUCUCCUGGCCUUCGAAAGGACGGCAAUUAGAGAAGGCUGGCCACGGGUGCAGUGGGCCGGUAUAUUAUCAACCUUUUUAAUUGGAGAUGCCCAGAAAGCAUACUUUGAUUUGGCCACCGAGAAGGCCAACAAUUACGAUGUACUCAAGGCUGAAAUCCUGGCCCGGGCCAGGAUUACUACUGCUCUCCGAGCACAAAAGUACCACAGCUGGAGUUACAGCGGGUCCUUACCUCCCAGGUCCCAGCUGUUCGAUUUGGUCCAUCUGGCCAAUAGAUGGUUAAAACCCGAAGUGAACAACAGUCACACGGUCGUGGAAUGGUUGGUAAUGGAUCGUUAUCUCAGAGCACUACCCCCAACGAUGAGGAAAUGGGUUGGCCAGGGGAACCCUAGCACAUUGGACGACUUCAUUGCCUUAGUAGAGCGCCAACUAGCGGCUGAAGAGCUAGUGCACCCUGGGGCUUCGGGUCAUAAAGUGACGACCGGACCAGACAGUUGGAGACCACGUGUCCUAGACCCGAGGAGUAAGCCGCAGUCCACAGGAAAUGAAGAGCGAGUACCUGUGGUGAAGGGACAGGGGGUCAACAGCAGCCGGGAGGGGAUCGAUUAUUCUUUUCACCGCUGUUAUAAGUGUAAUCAAGUGGGUCAUAUAGCCAGGUUUUGCACACAAGGCGAGCCUAUGCAGUGUAAUAUGGAGGAUUAUUUGUGUGGUAGUAUAAUGGUUCCAGGGAAAAUAGAAAGAGGGGCGCCCUACCUCGCCCCAGUAGAAGUAAAUGGACGUGAGGUCAUGGCUUUCAUUGAUACAGGCAGUGCAAUUACCUUGGUAGUGUCCAAUUUGGUACCUACUUUCCGAUUGAAUUAUGAUCUCAGUACUAAACCUUACCCCACUGCUCUGGUUGAUAUAACUUAUCAAGACCACGUGUGUAGCAUGAGAGUGGGCGUGGUCAAAAGUUUGCCGUACUCAGUAAUCCUGGGCAGAGAUUAUCCCAGGUUUAAAACCCUGGUGGACAUUAACGGGAAAUUGAGUCCUCCCGAGUUAAACACUGAGGUGGGCAAUACCACCCCUGAGAGUCUAUUAACCUUAUUUCCCUUUACCGACAGCAGCCUGUUUGAAGGAACGAGACCCAGUAAGAUUUAUAAGUCGCGACGACAAAGACGGCUAGAAAAGGGGUAUGGGCCGCAAGGUGCACCAGUCCUAGUGGGGGAACAAAGGAGAGAAACAGGCACCCAGUGUACCGUCAGUGAUAUUAUGGAUACCACGGAGGAGGAAAUAAUGGAUAUAGGGGAGAGGGAUGAAACAGAAAACUGGUAUGAACCUUUUCAACCCUCAGCCCAGAAUUUCGGAAGGGAACAAGCCCAAGACAGUACCUUAGUAAAUAUCCGGGACAGGGUUAUAUCGGUGAAUGGGGUGCCAGUAGAGGGUGCUGUUGUGAAUCCUAGGGAACACUUCAUUAUUAAGAAUGAUUUACUGUAUCGCAUUACUAUGGUUAAUGGCUCACAGGUGGAGCAGCUCUUGGUGCCCCAAGCAUAUCGUCUGACAGUCUUAAGGUUAGCCCACAAUCAUUUGUUUGGAGCACACUUAGGUAGUGAGAAAACGUUACAAAGGAUUUGCCAACGGUUUUAUUGGGUCGGUAUUAACAAGAUGGUGGAAAACUUUUGUAAAUCCUGCCCUAAGAGUUAGAAAGCCAGUCCCAA